CAUCUCAUUAAACCUGUCUUUUAAAAGGAAUAAAACAAAUUAUUCUUGUCAUGAUAAAAAAAAAUCCCAAAACAUGGCAGGCCUAACCCUUAGACUGCCUUUUUGGGAAAUAACUUUCCAAUAAUUUGAAAGUUUCAAAAACACAUGUCCUCAGGCUUAGGUGUUGGAAAGAAGAGGAAGUAAUCUACUCUUUAAUAAGGCGUUGAUAAAAUACUCUCUUUAGAACCAUCACUGAUUGCAAUUUUGCAGUGUCCACUCAUCUGUAAUUCUAUAACAUGUACCAUGAAAAUAAUGUACUUGUGAAACUGUUCCCAUAUUAUUUCAGAAAUAUUUUGCUUCUAAAUUUAUAUUCUUCUCAGCUUAAAUGUUAAUUAAAUUAUUUUAUUUAAUUAUUCACCCUGAACAGCUUUAAACAGUCAACAUAAUGAAAGUUUGCUCUUAGUACUCUUCCUGUGUAACAACACAGCUCUCUCUGAACUCAUAAAAACUACAAGAAAAUAGAACUAAGUGUUUCAUAUUACAGAACACGGUUGACACAGCCUAUGUGUUACAUUUAGGAGAAUUUUGCAUCCAACGUUAAACCAGAAAAGAUAAGACAUAGUAAGAACGCAUGGUGGCGCUGCAGGUUAAGGUGGUGAGAAACAGAAUUGCAGACGUAGCUCCAGGAUCCAGCCAGUUUCACACUGCCUGGAAGCUGAAGAACAGCUUUCUCAGUCAGAGCACAAUGUGCGUGAAACCUCUUUAAAACUGUAUUUAGAGACAUAGUUCUGACCUGCUAUACUGCAGGACCGGACUACCAGGAUCCUGGGCAUAUAUGAAGCUCCUGUGAACUCAGUUUUCAGGAAAGAGCAAUGGAGAUUGGAUGGAUGCACAAUCCGAGACAAAGGCAAGUCCUAGUUUUCUUUGUUUUGCUGAGCAUGUAUGGGGCGAGCGCAGAGUUGGGGCCCUAUUCAGUAGUGGAAGAAACAGAAAGAGGCUCCUUUGUGGCAAAUGUAGGAAAAGACCUGGGGCUGGGGUUGACAGAGAUGUCCACCCGCGGUGCCCGGAUCAUUUCCCAGUGGAACAAAGAGCAUUUGCAGCUCAAGGUUCAGACUGGGGAUUUGCUCAUAAAUGACAAACUAGAUCGAGAGAAGCUAUGCGGUCCGAGUGAGCCUUGCAUACUAUAUUUCCAAGUAUUAAUGGAAAAACCGUUAGAGAUAUUUCAGGCAGAACUGAGAGUGAAAGACAUAAAUGACCAUUCCCCUGUGUUCACUGAAAGAGAAAUGUUUCUAAAAAUACCGGAAAACAGUCCUAUAGGAAUUUCAUUCCCUCUGAGUAAUGCUCUGGACUUGGAUGUAGGCAGCAACAAUGUUCAGAACUAUAAAAUCAGCCCCAACUCCCAUUUCCGGGUUCUAACCCAAAAUCGCAGCGAUGGCAGAAAAUACCCUGAGCUGGUGUUGGACAAAGAGCUGGAUCGGGAGGAGGAGCCUGAAAUCUCAUUAACCCUGACAGCGCUGGAUGGCGGCUCUCCGCCUCGGUAUGGAACCGCCCAGGUGCGCAUUGAAGUGGUGGACACUAACGAUAACGCCCCUGAGUUUGAGCAGUCCCUCUACAAGGUGCAUAUUCCCGAAGACAGCCCCGUAGGCUCCCUGGUUGUCACUGUCUCUGCCAGCGAUGUAGACAGUGGAGUCUAUGGAAAAAUAUCAUACGCAUUCUUUCAGCCUUCAGAAGAUAUUAGUAAAACUUUGGAGGUAAAUCCUAUGACAGGUGAAAUUCGACUGAGAAAAAAAGUUGAUUUUGAAACAGUUCUGUCUUAUGAAGUGGACAUCAAGGCCACUGAUGGGGGAGGUCUUUCAGGAAAAUGCACUCUUCUCCUGCAAGUAGUGGAUGUGAAUGACAAUCCUCCAGAAGUGACAGUGUCUGCACUCACCACUCCCAUCCCAGAGAACUCCCCUGACAUUGUAGUUGCUGUUUUCAGUGUUUCAGAUCCUGACUCUGGGGACAAUGGGAAAACUAUUUCCUCCAUCCAGGAUGACCUUCCUUUUCUUCUAAAACCUUCAGUCAAGAACUUUUACACCUUAGUAACCCAGAAAACACUAGAUAGAGAAGAAAGAGCCGAGUACAACAUCACCAUCACCGUCACAGAUAUGGGA